UGUGCGUGGGCGUGCCCGGGCGGUGUGAGGGAUGUUCGGCGGCGGCAGCGGCGGCAGCGGCCGCUCGGGCUCGCCAUGGUGUGAGGCGCGGUCUGAGGCGCUGCGAUGAACACAGCCGUCCCGUCGGUUUUUGACCCUAAGGGACAGGUGUUGAAGUUGGGCGAGACCUUCGAGAAGCAGCCGCGUUGCGCUUUCCACACAGUCCGAUAUGACUUUAAGCCGGCAUCUAUUGAUAUGUCCUGUGAAGGAGACCUUGAAGUUGGCAAAGGUGAACAGGUGACAAUAACACUGCCGAAUAUUGAGGGCUCAACUCCACCAGUGACUGUGUUCAAGGGUUCAAAGAAGCCAUACCUGAAAGAAUGUAUUUUAAUUUUCAACCAUGACACUGGAGAAUGUCGUCUAGAGAAACUUAGUAGCAACAUCACUGUGAAAAAAACCAGAGCUGAAGGAAGCAGUAAAGUCCAGUCUCGCAUAGAGCAGCAACAGCAGCAAAUGCGAAAUGCAACUAAGGUUCCAAACAAUAUUAAAAAUUCUCCACCAAAAGAAAAGAUGUUUCCAUCUUCUCCCAUGGAUGAUAUUGAACGAGAGCUAAAAGCAGAAGCCAGUAUCAUGGACCAGCUGAGUAGCUCUGACAGUUCAUCUGACUCUAAAAGUUCUUCAUCCUCUUCAAGUAGUGAAAAUAGUUCUAGUGAUUCUGAAGACGAUGAAACGAAGCCCUCUCUUCCGAUGUCAAUGCCAUAUUUGCAGCCACAGCCUACUGUGUCUGCCAUACCACAACAGGAUGUCCCUGACAAAGAUGCCAGUCAUAACAGAUCCCAAGAGAGCAGUGGUCAUAUGAUGAAUACACUACGAAAUGACUUGCAGCUGAGUGAAUCUGGAAGCGAUAGUGAUGACUGAACAGUUUUUUGGCCUUAAAUGUAUCACCUUUUUUGCUAAAUAUGUCUUAGCAUCUGUUUUGCACUAAGAUUACCAGAGACUGGAAUGAAUGUCCUCGAUUUUGAUAAUAAGACAUCCUAAUUUUCUACUGACACAUCAUGUCUAUAAUAGAGCAGCAUUGACAUCCUGUCAGUGCUAUGGUUAUGUGUUUAUCUUUCAAAUUACUGUAUUUACAGUAAAAUUGUGUAUGAUCUGAUUUUGAUUAUUUUUGCCUCAGCCACCUGUUUUACUUGAAACUGCUUUGUAACAGCUAGUUACUUUAUAUAAAUAGUUACAGAAUGGAGAAAUUCCUGAUAUUUAUGGAGGCAAGUUUCCUUCCUAUAAUUUAAAUGCUGAUCUCACAACUUUUACUUGGAGGGAGUGAAAGGGAGAACAACUAAAUGAGGUCUGCUGUGUCUGCUAUACUUUUUGUUUAGUUCACAGUUCAUACCUUUAAGGAAACUGCUGAAUAAUGUGGUCCACUAGUGCAGUUACAGUUUACAAUUGUUCAACACAUUGCUGAAUUCUUAAUUUCAUUGUAUUAUAGGUCUUUAUAUUUCUGAGCCUCAAGAUUCCUGAGGGAGCUUGUCUACUCUCUGCCUUUUUUUUUAUACAACUUGAAUAGGCUGGUCUUUUUACAACCUUUUUGUAUCUAAAUUUCGAUAACUGCAGAGACAGCAAUGAACUUCAUUCAAUUCUGUAACAAAUCAGAAAAAUUCUUUGUAGGAGUAUAAAAGUAAUUUAAUAAAGCAAUAUUUAUCAUU